AUGCCGCCCGCGACCGCGACGGCGACGACCGCGCGCGCGCCCGCCGCCGCCGCGCUCGCGAGCGCGGCGCCACGCCGUCGAAGCCGCGCUCUCGACGAUGAUCUUCCUCGCCACCCCGCGCGUCGAUGGCUGACGACGCGCGCGUCCUCCGCCGCGACGCCGUCGUCGUCGCCGCCGCCGCCGAAAACACCGUCGCCGCGGCGCGACGCGCAGGCGUGGGCGAGCGCGCUCCCCGCGUCGGAGGUCCCCGCCGCGAUGGCGUCUCUCGCGGAGUUCAUCUCCCGCGCGGACGAGGCGUACCACAACGACGCGGAUCCCGUCGCGUCGGACGCGGCGUACGACGCGACGCGCCUCCGCCUCGAGGCGCUCGAGGCGCUGCACCCGGCGAUGAUCCGCGAGGAUAGCCCGAUCGGCGCCGUCGGCGCGAAGCCCGCGGCGUGGUCGGCGCUGCCGCAGGUGGAGCACGCGGUCCCGAUGCGGUCGCUGGGCAACUGCUUCGACGACGACGACGUGCGCGCGUUCGUCGCGCGCGUAACGCGCGCGCUCGGGCCCCCCGAGCGCUUCGACGACGACGCGCGCGCGCCGCUGCGAUUCUGCGCGGAGCCGAAGAUCGACGGCGCGUCCGCGUCGCUGCGGUACGUCGACGGCGUCCUCGUCGUCGCCGCGUCCAGGGGCGACGGCGAGGUUGGCGAGGACGUCACGCGGCAGAUCGGUGGGAUCCCCGGCGCGCCGACGACGCUGACGGGCCGAGCCGGCGACUGGCCGGCGACGCUGGAGAUUCGCGGCGAGGUGUUCAUCGCCGACGAUGACUUCGCGGCGCUGAACGCGAGGCGCGAGGCGCGAGGGAUGCCGACGUUCAAGAGCGCGCGGAACGCCGCCGCGGGCGCGAUGCGUCGGCUCGAGCCGCCGUCGCGCGACGGCGCCGACGCGGGGCGGUACCUUCGCUUCCUCGCGUACGGCUGGGGGGAAGUCAAACCGCAAACCGAGCUGCUGCCGUGGUCGUCGCAGCGCGCGUUCCUCGCGUCGCUCCCCGCGCUCGGUCUGUCCCCCGUGCCGACGCUGGGCCCCAUCACGGACGACGUCGCCGCGCUCGUCGCGGGCUCGCACGCCGCGCUCGAGCGCGACCGCGCGUCGCUCGGCUACCGCGUCGACGGCGUCGUGUACAAGGUGGACGACGUCGCGUCGCAGCGCAUUCUCGGCGCGGACAGCCGCGCGCCGAGGUGGGCGACCGCGCAUAAGUUCGCCGCGGAGACCGCAGUGACGACGUUGCGCGCGGUCGACGUGCAGGUUGGACGCACGGGCGCGCUGACGCCGGUGGCGACGUUGGAUCCGCCGGUGGCUCUCGGCGGCGCCACGGUGACGCGCGCGACGUUGCACAACUUUGAGGACGUCGCGAGGAAAGGGCUGAGGCUCGGCGCGCGCGUCGUCGUCGAGCGCGCGGGGGACGUCAUCCCUCGCGUCGUGCGCGUCGUCGCGGAGGGGGAAGAGGAGGGAGCGGUCGUCGCGACGCCGACGCGGUGCCCCGCGUGCGGAAGCGCGGUGAGUAAGACGCCGCUCGCGGCUUCGGUGAAGUGCCCGAAGAAGCGACUGUCGUCCCCAUACGAAUCGGGAGACGCCGCGUCGUCGUCGUUCGCGGCGGUCGACGACGAAUCAGAAGACGCCACGUCGUCGCCGUCGUCGUCGUCGUCCUCCGCGGCGGUGCUGCGAUGCACCGGGGGGUGGCGAUGCCCCGCGCAGGCGCUCGAACGCGUCGCGCACUUCGCGUCUCGGGACGCGCUCGACGUCCGAGGCCUCGCGAGGAAACAGAUCGCCGAUCUCCUCGACGCCGGCGUCAUCGCGUCGCCCGCGGACUUGUUCACGAUGCGCGCGAGGUUCGAGCAUCUCGGGGUGGAUCCGGACGCGAGCGGGGAGGACGACGACGCGAGGGGAGACGGCGGCGGAGUGGCCGUUCCUGAAUUUUGGACGUACGCGUCUGGGAAGGACGAGGGAAAGUUAAAACGCAGCGCGAAGAAACUGUUCGACGCGUUGGAUGAAACCGCUGCUGGUGUGCCGUUACAUCGGUUUAUUUAUUCGUUAGGAAUUCCCCAGGUUGGUCUCACGACCGCGAAGUUGCUAUCGCGGAAGUACCGGACGCUGGACGCGUUUCGCGAUGCGGCGGAGGAGGCGGCGGCGGCGAAAGCGGCGGCGUCCGCCGACGCGGCGGCGUCGACCGAAGCGCCCGCGAUGACGGACAUCGACGGCAUCGGCCCGGUCGUCGCCGCGACGAUCGGCGAAUUCUGGUCCGAGCGCGCGAACGUGAACGUCGUGGACGACAUGCUGCGGAACGGCGUCGUCGUGUCGGACGACGCGUCGCCGCCGGACGCGUCCGACGCGUCCGACGCGUCCAACGCCGCGGCUGCCUCCGCGACCGGCCCAUUGACCGGGUACGCCGUCGUCGUCACCGGCGCCGUCCCGGGGAUGACGCGCGAGGAAGCGUUCGACGCCGUCGCCGCCGCCGGGGGGUCGCCGCAGAAGGCGGUCAGCGGGAAGACGCACGUGCUCGUCGUCGGCGAGGGCGCGGGUCGGAGAAAGGCGGAAGCCGCGGAGGCGCGGGGCGUCGCCGUGAUCGACGCGGAGGCGUUUUUGAGGGUGCUCGCGGGCGAGGAGCCGCCGCCGCCGCGGUGACGCGCGGCGGUAGCUCGCGCGAGGGUAGAGGAUAGCGAGCGCGGUUUAGGGAUAGAGUUUCGAUGCGACGCGACGCGUUGUGU